GGGGUGGGAGAGACGGGCAGCCAGCUAGCCCGCGAGCUUCGCGCCUGCGCGGAACUGUUUCUCCUCUUCGCCUGCCCAAUCUCUCCCUUCAGCUGCUCUCUGCCCCCCCCCCUCUGUUUGGGGCCGCAGCAGCAAUAAGCCGGAGUCCGGGGCUGAGAAGCGGCCCCGCCAAGCCAGGAGUUCGCGGCGACGGAGCGGCUGUUCGGCCACGCAACCCCCGGCCUGGCCAUGGUGCUCCUGAGGGCCUCUCGUCCUGCCCGGUCUCCCGAGUGACGGAACUGCCCCUGCCGCCGGAGGAGGAGGACAACCCCGCCAGCGCCAGUCGUGGUACCUCGACAUCCGAAUGACUCAACUUCCGAAGGUUUUGACUUCUGAAGUCGGCAAACCCGGAAGUCUUGUCGCUGCGCGCACGUUCUGCGCCUGCUCAGAAGCGGCGUGCGCGGUCCACACAUGCGCAGAAACGCAAAAAUCAUGCUUCGCGCAUUCACAGAACCGGCGCUUCGACAACCGAAGACUUCGACUUACGAACAGCGCCGCGGAAUGGAUCGUCUUUGUGAGUCGAGGUACCACUGUAUGAUUACUGCCAAAUUUGAAGGACCCACAACUCUGAGGACAUGAUGAUCGUAGUGACUGGAGUCAUGUCUGUGCCUGAGCUGGGCUCCCCAGCCAGCACUCCUGCUGCAGCCCCCAACUUAUCCUGGAUGUCUGAGGUUGGCACUCCCACUGCUGUGGAGCAACCAAUAUUCCUAAUGACUACAGCUGCCCAGGCCAUCUCAGGUUUCUUUGUGUGGACUGCUUUGCUUAUUACUUGCCAUCAGAUCUAUAUGCACCUUCGUUGCUACAGUUGCCCCAAUGAGCAACGCUAUAUUGUCCGGAUCCUCUUCAUUGUGCCCAUUUAUGCUGUCGACUCAUGGCUCAGCCUCCUUUUCUUCACCAAUGACCAGUACUAUGUUUACUUUGGCACAGUGCGGGAUUGCUAUGAAGCUUUUGUAAUCUACAACUUCCUUAGCCUCUGCUAUGAGUACCUUGGCGGAGAAAGCUCCAUCAUGUCUGAGAUUAGAGGGAAGUCAAUUGAGUCCAGCUGUAUGUAUGGAACCUGCUGCUUAUGGGGAAAGACGUAUUCCAUUGGAUUUCUGAGAUUUUGUAAGCAGGCCACUCUGCAGUUCUGUGUGGUAAAACCCCUCAUGGCAAUUAUUACAGUCAUCCUCCAGGCAUUUGGCAAGUACCAGGAUGGGGACUUUGAUGUCACCAAUGGGUAUCUCUAUGUGACGAUAAUUUACAAUAUUUCUGUCAGCCUGGCCCUCUAUGCCCUCUUCCUCUUUUACUUUGCCACACGUGAACUUCUCAGUCCCUACAGCCCUGUCCUGAAAUUCUUCAUGGUCAAGUCUGUCAUUUUCCUGUCGUUCUGGCAAGGGAUGCUGUUGGCCAUUCUGGAGAGGUGUGGUGCAAUCCCAAAGAUCAACUCAGCCAAUGUAUCUGUGGGUAAGGGGACCGUGGCUGCAGGCUACCAGGAUUUCAUCAUCUGCGUGGAAAUGUUCUUUGCAGCCAUUGCUCUGCGCCAUGCGUUCACAUACAAGGUCUAUGCAGACAAGCGUCUUGAUGCGCAAGCUGUUCCAUCAUAUGGGCCAUAUGGCCGCUGUGCCCCUAUGAAGAGCAUCUCUAGCAGCCUUAAGGAGACCAUGAACCCCCAUGACAUUGUGCAGGAUGCCAUCCACAAUUUCUCCCCUGCCUACCAGCAGUACACUCAGCAGUCGACCCUAGAACAUGGACCACCUUGGCGUAAUGGCAGCCACAUGAUCUCACACUCCCACAGCAGCUCUGGUGCUCGUGACAAUGAGAAGACCCUACUCCUGAGCUCAGAUGAUGAGUUCUAAGCAGAUGGUGAAGCAUGGCCCAGCCUGGAACUUUCCCUUUAUUUAUUGAACCAGAAACACAGGUCAUAUCCCUUUUUUAAUAUGGUGCUCAAGUCAGGAAUGGGCACUUCCUGUUGCCAAUUGUGAGCAUGGACCAUUGUGACUAAUGCAGGUGGUUUGGACUGUCUUUUCCUAGUUUCUUCUUGAAAGGCUUAACUCGGAGCAGAUUUCACUUAAUAAGGAACACUAAAUUCACCUGGCAUAGAAUACAACAAAGAUCUGGGACCACGCUUUCUGUAUGCUGUUUUUCUGCUGUUGUUAAUGGGGAAGGCAGAUGGAAGAGGGGUCAGAAAAGGGAAGCUUGAAAAAAAUGAGGCUGUACCCAUUUACCUAAGUUGUCUCUAAUAUGGCUGACUGAAAGUAGCAGAAACAACAACCCCCCCCCCAAAUGCACUACUAAAAUGCACUUCUAGACACCUGUUAGACCUAAUUUGAUAUAUAGGUUGAACCCUGUCUCUAACUGUUGUCCCAGUAUUAACUUUUGACCAACUUUUGGCUUGUGACCAGAAUUCCCUUAGAUACAGUAUAUUCCAUAGUAAUACAGUCACAUUUAUAUUCUGCCUCUGCUAAUCAUCAGCAUUGGGUGCUUCAGAAGGGAUUGGUUUUCUGCUUUAGAGUAGGAGAAGUAUGAUAGAGGGAAAAGAAGAAAAACACCUUCUGGAUUGGAACAGUGAACCUAAGUGAAAUAUGCUUGUUGAGGCGGAAGGUAGCUUUUCUGAUGGGUUCCUUGCCCAACACUUGAAGAGAAUACAAUGCAUUUUCUGAAAAUAGGAUUUGCCCCACCUGUGGAAACAUUUUAGCUAGAAGCUAAUGGUCACCGUUCAGAGAGUCGCACACAAGUUGUCCAGGACAUUGGAUAAGGAUGUACAUUCCAGUCAGGUUGCUGAGUCAAGCUGCACAUCCUCCUCCAUUGUGGGUGGGGGACCACACUGGCUGAUUCUCGAGUGGGCACUUGGGAACCACCCGUCGGGUGAUGUCUAGUUGCACUCACUUGAAGAGGCAGAACACAACAUUCUUUUCAUUCUCUUUUGUAACUUCUCUUGUGGAGGAGUAGUUCUGCAACUCCUAAUACUAAAAUGUCUUUAUCACACCUAUCCUUCUCCUUAGGCAUAUACAUCUUGGUGUGUUUUAAAAUUACAGAACAUGUGUUGUAAAUUACCAGUUCUUCUUGCUGUCAUCAAUAUUUUAAUUUUUUUAAUAGUUAAUUUUAAGUGCCAGUGGGAUAGAGCUUGCCUGGGAUGGUGAGCAUUCCACCUUCUCUUCCCUUGUUUUUGUACCGGACUGGCUGCAGUUCGGCCAGAAGAUGUAAACAUAUCUGUGAUGCGCAUUUGUUACCUUGCCAUUACAUUCUCUUCAGUCCACGUGA